AUGGGAGCACUCUUUGAUCCUUCUUUUUUAGAAUAUUUACUUAGGAUUGGAAAUGGAACAGAAAAUAAGCGUUCAUGCAGUAUGAUUAAGCUUUGCAUAAAAAAUGAGCAUGCCGAUGACAUCAAUAAUAAUCUCAUAGAACAUUUCCUAGGUGAUGUUAUUGUUUAUUACAGCUUCGAUGAAAUAUUAGAUAAGACAAGAAAGUGCAUGCAAGAAGCUUUUUUGAAUUCUUUAACCUCAAAUGGUAUACCACCACAUGAAUUAGUGUUGAAGAUUAGCUGUCCUGUAAUAUUACUCCGAAAUAUUAAUCCAGCAAAAGGAUUGUGUAAUGGAACAAGAUUAAUAUGCAAAGACUUAGAACGGAAUGUCAUUCAUGCAGAAAUUGCUACUGGAGAAUAUAAUGGCAAUAAAGGACAAACUUUAGACUAUGUUGGAAUAUAUCUUCCACAACCAGUAUUUUCACACGAAUAG